AUGGUACUAGCACUAGAAAGAGAGGACAGGACGGAGCGUAAAGGAAAGUUGAAAAGAUGUUGCUCAGCAUGUAGUAUUGGACAAAGGUGUAUCAAAUUAAACGGAGAACAAGAGCCCGAAUUAAAUGAUUUAUUUAAUCCACCUUAUAGAGUGGAGAGACAAGGUUCGGCCGGGGCUCCCAGUCCACCCCCAGGCGAACAAGAGGAAGAAAUUCCACAAGUUAUUUAUAAAGAAAGCCAAACACCCGGUGCCACACAAGGAAACACAAAAACUGCCAUUACGGCUCCAAAUAGUCCGGUGUCUUCACGCACCAGACAGAAGUCUAUUUUACAGGCACCCCUCCGAGAAGCUGUAAAUCCGGACGGAGGAACAAUGAAAAUAAAAGUUCCGUUCACGGGCGCUGAUCUGAGAGAAUGGAAAGAGGCUGCCCGAGAAUACCGUAAUGAUCCGAUAAAGACGGCACAGAAUUUUAAAUUUCUAAUAAAACAGCACAAUCCUGACUGGAGUGAUAUACAAUUAUUAUUAGAUUGUUUGACUGAAACUGAAAAACAAUUAGUCAUAAAAACAGCGGGGGAUCUCGCAAAGGAACAUUAUAAUAUAAAGGGAGAUAAUUAUAGAGAAUGGUUUCCUUUGUUGGACCCGGAAUGGGACCCAAACCGAGCCGCUGAAAUGGGAAGAUUACAAGCAUACCAGGAAUGGAUAUUCAGAGGAAUGGAGAAAGCAAUUCCUAGAACAAUAAAUUGGGCAGCGUUAUAUGAGGUCAGACAGGGUCCUUCUGAAACACCUUCAGAAUUCUUAGACAGAAUAAGAGAUGCAAUGCGCCGGCACACGUCUCUGGACCCAAAUUCGGAGGUAGGCACACAGCAACUAAUAUCCCUCUUUUUAGGACAAUCACAGGGGGAUAUUAGGCGCAAGUUGCAAAAAUUGAGACCUCCUGAAAAUAGAGACUUGGAAAAAUUAGUAGAGGAAGCAUGGAGAAUAUUUAGUAAUCGAGAAGAAGGUUACAAGCAGGACCAAAAGAAAAUAUUAGCAGUAGUAAGAGAAAAUGAGAAUCAAAAAUCUAAAGUUAAAUCAAGGUGUGGGCUGACACCCCUGGCCGACCCAUUAAUAAAAUUAAAAUUAGGAGAAGAACAGGAGGAGGUGGAAUUUUUAAUAGACACAGGAGCCACCUAUUCGGUUUUGAACCAGGCUUUAAUGCCUUUGGGAAAUGAUUAUGUUUCAGUAAAAGGUGCAACUGGCCAAACUGAAAAGGCUUAUUUUUGUAAACCUUUAAAAUAUAAGUUGGGAAAACAGAUGGGGAUCCAUAAAUUCCUAUUUAUGCCAAAUUCCCCAAAGGCCCUUCUUGGUAGAGACUUAUUAGAACAAUUGGAGGCAACAAUCAAAUUUUAAAAAGGGGAAGUUACUCUGGAGGUAAAUAAUCAUCAAUACAUACAGGUUAUGAGCCUAUCUCUGGCCAAUACUCCUAUAAAAAGGGAAAUUGAUACCAGGAUUAUUGAUCAGGUAUAUCCCGGAGUAUGGGCAAUUGACAUACCGGGACGUGCCAAGAAUGCAUCACCUGUAAUAGUAAAAUUGAAGGACGGACAGAGUGCGGUAAGAAUUAAACAAUACCCACUGAAAAGGGAAGAUAGGGAAGGAAUUCGUCCAAACAUAGAGCGAUUCAUAGAACUAAAACUACUAAAAGAAUGUGAGUCAGAAUUUAACACACCUAUCCUCCCAGUUAAAAAACCUGAUGGGUCUUAUAGGAUAGUUCAAGAUUUAAGGGCCAUUAACAGAAUAACAGAGGAUCUGUAUCCUGUAGUAGCUAACCCCUAUACCUUACUUACCACCCUGACACCUGACCUAGCUUGGUUCACAGUUUUAGACUUAAAAGAUGCCUUCUUUUGCCUCCCUCUCCAUGAAGCCAGCCAAAGAAUUUUUGCUUUUGAAUGGGAAAAUCCCAGAAGCGGUCGAAAGACCCAGCUCACAUGGACGGUGUUGCCACAGGGGUUUAAAAAUAGCCCCACAAUUUUUGGAAACCAAUUAGCAAAGGAUUUGGAGUUAUGGGAACCACCGUCAGAAGAAGGGAAAGUGUUACAAUAUGUAGACGAUCUUCUUAUUGCAACCAGAACCGAAGAAUCUUGUAUUAUUUGGACUGUGAGUCUGCUGAACUUUCUGGGACUACAGGGAUAUCGAGUUUCUAAGAAGAAGGCACAGGUGGUGUUACAACAGGUCACAUACCUGGGGUACGAGAUCAGUGCCGGACAACGGGUCCUGGGGAAGGCCCGAAAAGAAGCCAUAUGCCAAGCCCCCCGACCACGAACUGUAAAGGAACUGCAGACAUUUCUGGGAAUGACAGGAUGGUGCCGGCUUUGGAUAUGUAAUUAUGGCUUGCUUGUUAAACCAUUAUAUUCCCUGAUAGCAGCUAAUCAGAAGGAUCUUCAGUGGGAUGCUGAAUCAGACAGAGCUUUCCAUGAACUGAAGAAAGCCUUGAUGUCGGCACCAGCACUAGGACUUCCUGAUGUGAGUAAGCCAUUUUUCCUAUUUUCCCAUGAGAAACAGGGAAUGGCAUUAGGAAUACUGGCACAAGAUUUGGGACCAUACAGACGGGCAGUGGCAUACUUCUCUAAACAGCUGGAUGCCACUGCAAAAGGGUGGCCUGGUUGCCUGAGAGCAGUAGCAGCCGUCAUCCUAAACAUCCAAGAGGCCCGGAAGUUUACCCUGGGCCAGAAAAUGACUGUCUUAGUAUCCCACACAGUGUCUGCAGUCCUUGAAACAAAAGGGGGGCAUUGGCUCUCCCCACAGAGAUUCCUAAAAUACCAGGCCAUAAUGGCGGAACAAGAUGAUGUUGAGAUCGUGACUACAAACAUCGUCAAUCCAGCCUCAUUUCUUAAUGGGAAUAUUGGAGAAUCAGUCGAUCAUGACUGUCUAGAAACAAUCGAAGCCACUUAUUCUAGUCGGACAGAUCUCAAGGAUGUUCCUAUUAAUGGAGCUGAACAUUGGUUCACGGAUGGGAGCAGCUAUAUGCUGAAUGGAAAGCGACAUUCCGGAUAUGCUGUUACAACCUCUGAAGAAGUGAUAGAAUCGGGGCCGCUACCGGCUGACACUUCGGCACAGAAGGCUGAAAUCAUAGCCCUUACUCGAGCUCUGGAAAGAGCUCGGGGAAAACCUAUAAAUAUUUGGACUGAUUCUAAAUAUGCCUUUGGAGUGGUACAUGCUCAUGGAGCAAUAUGGAAAGAAAGGGGACUGUUAAACUCCCAAGGAAAAAUCAUCAAACAUGCGGAAGAAAUUUUGAAACUCCUAAAUGCGGUCCAGCUUCCUGAAAGGGUGGCAAUUAUGCACAUUAAGGCACACAAGAAAGUGAGCACAGAAUUGGAAAGAGGAAAUGAACUGGCAGACAGGGAAGCAAAACAGGCAGCCAGAAAAGCAAUCAAGGUAGAGGGUGCGCUAAUACCCGACGGACAAAUAUCUCUAGAAGGUAAACCAGACUAUACUAAAGAAGAUCGCAAACUGAUUUCUGACCUAAAGGGAUCAUAUAAUGAGGAAGGGUGGGCUAUAAUCUCACAUGGGAGAAUAGUGAUUCCUUCCUACAUGGUAUGGUCAGUAGUCAGGGAAGAACAUAGAAAAAGGCACUGGGGGGCAGAAGCUCUAUAUAAGGAUCUCACUAAAAACAUAAUAGCACGAAAUUUGUAUACUACUAUUAGACAAGUAACCCAACAAUGUGAUCUUUGUCUCCAGACUAAUCCUAAGAUUACCAAGGGGCCAAAGUUGGGAAAAAUUGGGAGAGGAAAUGUUCCUGGGCAACACUGGCAGAUCGAUUUCUCGGAACUUCCUAGAAAAGGGGGGUAUCGAUAUUUAUUGGUACUAGCAGAUACCUUUUCAGGUUGGCCAGAAGCCUUCCCGUGCAGAACUGCUAAAGCCCGGGAAGUGACCAAAAUACUACUCCAAGAGAUAAUACCUAGGUUUGGAGUCCCAGCGGUAAUGUCCUUGGAUAGAGGACCACAUUUUGUGUCCAGAAUAGUGCAACAGAUUAGCCACCAUCUAGGAAUAGAUUGGCAAUUACAUACCCCAUACCGACCACAAUCGAGUGGCCAGGUGGAAAAGAUGAAUCAUCUAAUCAAACAACAGAUUGUCAAGUUAGGCCAAGAAACAAAUCUAACUUGGCCCCAGUCUUUGCCAUUAGCCCUUACACGAAUUCAAACUAGACCGAGAGCAAAAGAGGGGCUUAGCCCAUUUGAAAUUUUAUAUGGACGACCCUAUGGGGUACAAAAGGGGAUGUCUUCACAGAUUGGUGAAGAAACAAUGACUUCCUAUAUGGUGGCACUAAACAAACAAUUAAUAAGAAUUAAGAAGCAUGUGAUGGGAACACGCAGUAGGGGUCUGGAUGGACCUGUUCACGAUAUACGACCAGGGGACUAUGUAUACGUUAAGUGUUUUGCAGAUAAAACCCUGGAACCACAGUGGACCGGACCUUUUCAAGUCCUACUCACCACCUACACUGCAAUCAAGGUUGAGGGACAGAAUUCUUGGAUUCACCAUACCCGGAUUAAGAAAGCCCCUGCAACUUCGUGGAAAGUAACCCCAGAUAAAAAAGAACUGAAACUCAAAUUUACUCGGACAAAUGGGAACAAUGUGGGUGGCAAGUAAGUGAACCUGAGCGGUUGCGGAUCCACCAUAUGGGAAGGGCACCACAACAAACAAUAUAGAACAAGAGUCGGGGACUGAGCCAGUGGCCAGUCUUGCCCAACUUGUUAUUAGUAAGCCCCAACUCAAACAAAGAUAUUUUUGAUCAAAACAGAUUUUAACGUUUAGAUUCUUAAAAUGAUCAA